AUGGUAGAGUACUUCCUCAGGUGUGCUAUAGGAGAUGGCAGGUCUGGGUUUUUUUGGUUUGACCGGUGGACUGAUAUGGGGCCUCUGAUCUCUGCAAUUAGUCCUACAGGUCCAAGAGAUCUUCGACUUUCCUUAUCCUCUACAGUUUCAGAGGCAACGCAUGAUGGAAAUUGGCAACUUCCAGCAGCUAGAUCGUAUGCAGUUGAGACACUACAAAUAGUACUCUCAACAAUGCCUCCACCAUCUCCUACAAGAGGUAAAGACUACUAUCUAUGGCGCAGUGGUUACAGCAGCUAUGAUAAAAAAUUCUCUACUAAGAAAACUUGGGAACAAAUUCGAGUGGCUGCUAAGCCAGUUUCCUGGGUCAACUUGUGUUGCAGCGGCUUCCUACUAGGGAUCGUUUGUCUUCUUGGGGAGAUGAACGUUCCCACAAACUGCAUGCUCUGUACUUCAGGGGAAGAAACCCAUGAUCACUUGUUCUUUCGAUGCUCAUAUGCCUCCUCUGUCUGGUCGCAUUUUUGUGUUGGGAGUUUUCUACUGUCUCCUCCGAUUUUAAUUCUGGAGUGUGCAUCUCUUCUGCGAGAUCACCGGUUCACGUCUGUUCCUGGAGCUGGUUCUGUUCUCAAGCUGCAGGUUACCAUCUAUUGCUUAUGGAGAGAACGAAAUGCGCACAUCUUCACCACCUCAUCUUCCCCUGCUUCGGUGCUGUUCUCCAAGAUUGAUCGAAUGGUUAGAGACAUGCUGCUCUCUUUUCCAUCUUCAUCACAGUCUCAACCAUCACUUCUCCAGCUUUAUUUAUCUUUCAUUUUUGAUGUACCCUAG